AUGAAAGCCCUCCUGAUGGUGGCCUUCCUCGCUCUGACUCUCGGGUCCCUGGCUGCUCAGGACCGGAGCCGGAGCCGGGGGAGACGCAGUCAGGAUAGUAGAAGUAAUGAACUGCUGCCGAGGUUUUAUGGCGACCGUUACCAGUACCCGUUUGGCCCAUAUUGGCCUUUUGCCUACCCCCGAUAUCCGUGGCCGAGAUAUUAUUUCAUUCCAAAUCCAUUUCCUGCAGCAGCUGCUCCCUCUAAUAAAAAAUAA